CAUACGGGCAUUUGGGUGCUUGCAGUGAAGACCAACCUCGACCCGAGCCGCCAAACAGGAGUGUAAGAAAAUUGGGUCAAGUCGCCAAGAAGCAAGUGUGAGAGGGAGCUGCUACGAAGACAACAAAACAACAAAACUCCGGAUUCACCCUUCAAAACUAUGGCGGGAACGCAGGACCAAAAGUGGCAAAAGGAUGCAGUGGACCAGAACUUUGAUUAUAUGUUCAAAAUCCUCAUUAUUGGAAACAGCAGUGUUGGCAAGACAUCGUUCCUGUUUCGCUACGCGGACGACUCCUUUACGUCAGCCUUUGUCUCCACGGUAGGCAUAGACUUCAAAGUCAAGACGGUCUUCCGACAUGACAAGAGGGUCAAGCUCCAAAUUUGGGACACAGCUGGCCAGGAGCGCUACCGAACAAUCACAACGGCCUACUACCGUGGAGCUAUGGGCUUCAUCCUUAUGUAUGAUGUUACUAACGAAGAGUCUUUCAACAGUGUUCAAGACUGGGUUACGCAGAUCAAGACAUACUCGUGGGACAACGCGCAAGUUAUCUUGGUAGGCAACAAGUGUGACAUGGAGGACGAGCGAGUGGUGAGCGCCGAGCGCGGUCGACAGCUUGCCGACCAGCUCGGACUGGAGUUCUUUGAGACGUCGGCCAAAGAAAAUGUCAAUGUCAAGGCCGUCUUCGAGCGCCUCGUCGACAUCAUCUGCGACAAGAUGUCCGAGAGCCUCGACUCAGACCCCGCGCUCCUGGCGGGCGGAGGCGCCAAGGGCACGCACCUCACCGACAACCCCGCCGCACCUCCGAAUGCCUCCUGCCAGUGCUAGAGCUCCUUCCUCCUGUUCCUCCUCGCCCCUGUCCCCUCCGGUCAGCCUCUGCCCGUCAAGCUGCCCGUAGAGGCCACGCGGCACUUGGCUUCCUCGCGGCAGACCGGUGCUGCGUUCUCGGUGGAUCACUUCCAGCGAUACUUUCACUUUCGUGCGGCGUAGCAUCCACUGGCCCAGUGCCUAAAAAAAAACUGAUGGCGAAUUCUUUUUUUCAUGUUAGAGCAGCUUUCUGUUGCUUUUGCAUGUGAGACAGUUCAUUCCCUCUUGUUGAUUAAGUGCAGGGAUCACUUUCUUCUUUCUUGCAGACUUGAGGGUUAAAUCAACUUAAACCAGCGGUAAAGCAAAAGGACAGGGCACGAAUACAAAGAAACAAGACUGCAUGUGUGAAGCAGUCUAGCUGGCAUUUAUUGCAAAGUUCAGUUCUCUUGUUUCACUGUUAGUGCAAGGACGGGUGAAGUUUGCCAGCUAGCCCUCUUUCAAGCCUCAUUAAGCCCAUAGUUUGUGGUGGAGGGCACGUUACAUGGAGUUCACGGGUAAGAUGCAAGCUUGCGCCAAAUCAACAAAGCGAACAUACUUUCUGAAGUUUGCAGCAGUGAAUUGCUGCACUGGCACUGUAGUGGACGGCAUUACCCAAGAUCACAAUGUUUUUGCCACCUUCUACCUGAUGGCAACGAGACGCGAGUGUUAUGCUGACAGAAAAACGUAACCUUCCCUCAAAUUUUCACAGCGAGCAGGUCUUCUUGUUGUAUUUGAUGCAGGUCCUGUGUGCUUUCGGUCCGUGUCUCAAAUCUCCUUGUCAUGGCACAGGACCGUCGUAAAUCAACUAUAGUAUUGUCAGCUGUUUGCUACCUAUGGGUGCAUUCACACCGGCGAUUGACAGAAGUUGCACGACUGACUGAGACCAGUGACUAAGAAGUGACUCAAGGUGGCUGAUGUUCACACUGGCGGGGACAACUGGUCCUUCGCCACACUGAAAAGUCCCGCGAUUGAUGUCGUUCACGUCUGCUCUCAUCGCCACGUAAAAGAAGCAGACGUCCUGCUCCUGUGCCGCUGAUUGGUUCAGUAGGUUUGCAACCGCAGUUGUGUGACUGAAUAAUCGAGCGGUGAGAGACUGACCAAAAAAAGCUGUCGCUUUUGACCAAAGCUACCAUUGGCGACCUACUUGGUUACACGACUUCUAUGACUACCCGCCGCGGUGACUUAGUGGCUAUGGUGUUGCGCUGCUAAGCACGAGGUCGCGGGAUCAAAUCCCCGCUGCGGUGGCCGCAUUUCGAUGGGAGCGAAAUGCAAAAACGCUUGUUUCCCGUGCAUUGGGGCCACGUUAAAGAUCCCCUGUUGGUCAAAAUUAAUCCGGAGUCCCCCACCACGGCGUGCCUCAUAAUCAAAUCGUGGUUUUGGCACAUAAAACCCCAUAAUUCAUCGCGACUUCUGCGAGUCACCGGUGUGAACGGGCCCUACGACAUGCAGCCACUGAAGUUUGCGCAGAUAGCCCCGAAUAUUUUUGUCACGUGAACUUCUGCUUGUUUGACUAAUCGACAGCUGCUGAAAAUGGUAUGCCCGUAACAGACCAUUCUAGAACACAAUCCUAGCAUACAUCUUUCGUGCUGUGCUCCACCGCAGUACCCUCUGCGUUGGCACUAUACCUGCGUGCAAAUCUGUGCUGCACGGCGAAUGGUUGGACACACCUGAGAGAUGUGAAGCCGGCAACAUUUGGGAAUAGUUACAGCCACAAAUUGCACGCAGCUGGCAAAGCAAAGAGCUCAGCACAGAGGGUGCUGCUAACUGCUGCACUGUCUAAAGUGAGGCGAGCCGAGUGCCGAAUAGCCAGAGUCGUCUGAUCCAGCGCAGGCAGGUUGGAGGGGCCCUGAUCCCUAGUGUCCAUCCCCCCCCUCAGUACUAAGCGAGCGCUGCUCCCUUGCUGUUGUUGUUGCUGCUGUGACCGCUGCCAGCUUGACUGCCGCUAAGAAGAGCGAAAGCUGCGCCUGGGUGACUGCUGAACUGUGUUUGGUGUACGCGUUAUGUCGGGGUAGCCCUGACGGCAGAGGCUAGUCAUUCGACUUUGAUUUCCAAAUGCCAAUAAGUUGGCGCUGAACAGAGCCGAUAUUCUUGGCUGUUUGCUUCCGGGGAUAAAACCCCCGUUGCACGAUUUCGCGUGGCAUCAGACACGUUUUCAUCUACGAGCAACAGUGUUUCAGCAAAACAUAAAAUUGGGCUAGUUUGGUAUAGGUUGGCCAUGUUUAACUGUAGCGCAAAAAGACAGCACAAGUUGAAAGAGGAGACACACACGCUCCCUUUUCAAAAUAAUUAGGCUCCGUGUUACUGUGCUACAGUUAAAUAUGGUCAACAGCAUUCUUGGCAUUGUGCUUUAGACAACAUGCGUGGCAUUAAACCAGAUAUGCUGUCCCCUGUGGGCACCGAUGUGCCCAGUGCUAGUCACGCAAAAUCUAGAAAAAGUUACUGUACCCCCAAAACUGAAUGAAUGAAAAUGUCACCGCGGGAUUAGGUCAUUUUUAACUUGUCUCACAUAAAAGGACUAACAUAUGGACAAGGUGAUCCACAUUCGUGCAUAAGCAACAAGGAUGGUGAAAAUAGCAAGAAAAAAAAAAGUAGGCACAGCACUUGUCCUUGUUCUAAUUUUUGACACCCGUGUAGCUUGCGUGCCAUUUUUCUAAUGAAUAAUUUCGUUUGUCUACUGAUCAGGUAUCUAAGCAGUUGUGUUCGUCUCGCAUCGAACGUAACACUGACCUGACAAGAAGUGGUCCAAGUGGCACAGGUGAUGGUGAAAUUUGUUAUCUGUACACUCCCGCAUUGAGCACAGUCUCGUUUGGGGUUUGUGGCUUUUGUGAAGUACAGAAUGGGUUCAAAUCACUACUUCCAAGUUACUUUAAUAAGGAAGGAUCUGUUGUCAUUGUAGGGCUGUUGCACUUCUCAAUUUUUUUUUUUUUUUUCACGAGGUUGUUUACUGGAGCGCGCCUCUUCCAAUAUUGUCCGAGGCAGCAGGAUUGUAAUUGGUGGGCUCACCAGCUGACGACAGGAGCUUGACACUUCAUUGCUAUAGCCGGGCUUAGGUGCAUGGAAUACCGAUGUGUCAGCACAAGCUUAGUAAAAUUUUACAUUGCCAUUUAGCGAAUAAAAUAUGCAUUGUUUCCAAUUACCUUAAGGGCCUCGCUGAGUUGUACUUUUGAAGCACAAAAAGAAACAAACAAUGAAGCCAACUUUGCUGUGAUAUUUCUCACCUACAAGUUGCCUUGUGCCUUCAGAUUUUUUAGUUGGUGGGAAAUGUUCCUCAACGCAGGCAUACAUAUUGCUUUGUUGAAACAACUGUCAUUUGCUCUUGUUUGUAAAUAAGUCUAUUUAGGACCAAAUUUGGAACACAGUAUGACACUGUUCUCAUUUUUUUUAUGAAAGCAAUCCACUCCUUGCUGUGAGAACAUAUUCAUUUCCCCAUGCUGAGAUGGUAUAUGUAAGCAGCUCAGGCCAGGUCAUGCGCAUCUUUAAAAUCGAAACAAGCAGCAGAUUUCACUCCUUUAGCCUUUUCCCAACUGCCUUUUCUGCCUCUUUUCAUCCAGAGAACUUUGUUAUACCAGGGUGACACUGCACAAUCAAAAUAGCACGCACUGCCAAUUAAGUUUUUGUAUUCUCAUAACAAUUAGAUUCAGGGAGGUAUUUCGUAAGUAGGUGUUGAUGGAAAUUAUUCCCCUUUGUGACCAUAAAUGGGGCAAAAUUAUUCACUAACAAGAUUAAAUGUGGAAAUGUUCUCCAUGCCAAACGACUGAGACCAUACCUUAAUUCUCAUAAAAGCAAGCAUAAGCACAACUUGUUUGUGCUUUAAGUUCUGCCUGUCUAGCCUUGCUAAAAUGUGCUCAUCUGUGCAGAAAGCAAGGUUUGCUGUCAUUGAAGCCCUCGGAUGUGAAACUGCUAUACUCAUGGCCUUGAAAUCCUUUUGUUUCAUGGAGUGCUCAAAAAAUGCUUUAAUUUUGCUUUUGGCUAAGCUUAGUAGAUCAUAUUUUUGUAUCUGAAGUCGUGCGUACGAUUCCGGGCCUCUACAGUUCAUUGUAAUGACAGCAAAGGAGCUUGUGUACUUAUAUUUAGCUGUGCAUUAAGGAAACCCCUAAUGGUCAAAAUUACUCCUUCGUAUUUUACUAUGACAUGCCUCAUACUUGAACUGUGGCUUUGGGACAUUAAAUCUAGUCAAUUUCAGCUCUUAUGGAUGAAGAGCAUUUUAGCUGUUCUUGAGCAACAAAAUAACUGCAUGCUGAUAUUUAGAAACUUGGGAGUCAUCGUGACACUUCGCAGAUGCAGCACGGGCUUGUUUGAAUUUAAUUUGGAAUGAAGCGAGGUUUCGCACAUCUUGUGUUUUGCGUAGAGUCUUCAGCAGUUCAACCAGGCGCAGCAAAGCGCUCGAAAAACAGGAGAAACCUUAAUAGUCUGAAGAAGUCAAAUGGAGCCCCCUUAUUUUUUUUUUCUUUUUCCAUCUUGUUAACAUCAGGAACUAGCCUGUCUGCCCAUUUUCCCCCUGUUGUUGAAGUGUUCUAGAAGUGCGUGGGGAUCUAUUUCACCUGGUUUUUCAAAGGGCUCGAUUCAGAUGCAGCAAUUUUCGGCUGGCUGUUGAGCGAUCGUCCUGUUACAUAGGUGCACUGAAAAGCAAACAAAAAUUCUUAAUCGUUGAGAAUCUUGCCAGAGGUCAAAGAUGGCCGCAAGAAACCACUCUGCCUUAUCCAGAUGAUAGGUGGUGAGCCUGUUCUCCAGCCAACAUUUUUUUUCUAAGUUAUCAUGUAUUGAAGGAAAUUCGUGGCCGAUGCCAGUCGUUUCUGUACCCGGUUUGCGGUUUCUCUGCGACGGUGGCAGAAGAUGGGGCCUAUAUCCUAAAUCAAUCACCUUUGAGAAUAUCGCUUUUAGUGAGCAUUGAUUGGCUGAUUUUAGUGGAAGCAGAUGGUACGGAAGGAAUGGCACACUCAGGAUUGUUUUUGCAUCGCACAGUCCUGGAGCGCGUUAAAUCAAGGUCAGUCUAUUCAGUGAGACGACGCGGAAAAGAGAGACAUCCCUAAAAGUGACAGGUCAAGAACACACCCCUUGCCUUCGCAGAUGGUUCGCCAGAACAUUGCUGCAGUGUGAAUCGAGCCUCGCAAGGCCUCUGUUUGCGGCUGUUGCUGUGUGGUUGUCUGAUUUAAGGAAAAGGUGUAUGUUCUUCGUGUACGUCUCCGCUUGUUUACAAACAUCCGCCUGCCCAUUGCCUUCUCGCGAUGGAGCGAAGUGGUGGUCCUUUUAUUUGGGUGUCACACGUGUCCCCCGGCGAUGUGGCGGGAGAGACGAAAGACGCCUGUUGACAAUGAGUGUGACUUCUGUAAAUGCUGGUUGCCCGUGUAUAAAUGUGUACAUAUAUUCUCUUACGAGCAUUGUUCCCCACUGCAACCUGUUUCCCCACUUACGUCCCCAUUCGUCCCCAACUCCCCUGGUGUUAUUAAUGAAAAGACGGUGGCGAGAGAGACCAGAAGAGCCCUGCAAUAAGAAGCAAACACAGAUUUCAGAAAAAAAAAAAGGGACACCCUUUCUUCUUGUUAGUUGAGGGCAGAGAUGUGAUAAAGCGUGGGAAAAAAAAAAGAUAGUCUCAUUUGUGUUUUUUUUUAGUUUUUUUUUUUUUUUUUAGCGUGGCCCUUCUGUUAGUGAUUAAGGGGACUUGCAUUUGUGAAGGCCGGAUCUGUUGAUGUUUGCUUUUCUUUCUCGGAGAAAGUGGCAGUUGCGUAUAAAUGCGUAGGAAAUUAGUGUGACACACUCCCGGUCACCCUUCGGACACCUUUUCCUUUCUUUAAUCGCGUGAUGAAUGUUUUGUACGAUGAUCGCAGACUUUCGAGUGUCAUGCUAGGUUUUUGUGUCUGAAGCCAGCACUUGUAGAAAUUUUAUUAGGAAAGCUGGCCAGCAUAUGGUGUUAUGUGCAUACCUGGGUCAUGCUCGGGAGCAAUCACUUUUGGCACUAAUGUGGUCUCGCAUUCAUUUUGACUGGAAUACACAUCACUGCAGUGAGCAGCAUUCAUUUCUGCUGUCAAAGAAAUGUUUUUCGCUGUCCAUUGGCCCCAGCAAUCACUGGCAUUGCAUGAGGCGAAAGUAUUGCUAAUGCCAAGCGUACUACCUAAAAUUUCCUCCUUUCUUUUCUUGUAACAUCCGUGUCCGGCGGUUAAAGCAGAAGACACACGGUACAGUUCCGCUUGAGAUUUGACGUACAACCUGUCGUGCCAACAGGUUCCAAUCAGCAGAACAUCCACCUUUGGGCAACACAUGAUACAUCUCGCACAAUGAAGGUGACACUUCCAAAAGUGAUCAUUCUAGAGCUUGACCCCAAUUUGAAGCCAUGCCAACGCCGUCUGCUGCUUUGAUAACUCCAUUGAAAUGCAAUUUUUUUGUUAAGUUAGACAUGUGCUGGUGUGAUGCAGUGUGUGUUGACUGGAGGCGCUUGGUAUACUUGUUCAGUGCAUUGAAUAAUUUGCAACCUAGAUGUCCGUGGUACAGUUGAAGAUGACCGCUAUCCGUCGUAAUAAGACUGCUUAAGGGAAAACUGCGAAAUGCAAAAUGUUAUUACACCUGAGCAUGUACACUGGAUACAGGUGAAGCCAGAAGUGAACAUUUCGUACUGCUCAUUAUCGGCACUGCAGAGUCUACUGACAGUUCUAGCUUCGAUUAAAUUGGCAGUCGUUUUCGCUAUUGGCUCACAGGUUUUCUUUGCACUGCUAAAUGCAUGCAAGGUGUGAAACGUCGAUGGAAAACGACGCUUUUCGGUGGGACACAAAGCAGACGCCGCCGCAAGCAUUCCUAUGCGUCGUCUGCCUAUUGUCCUGCCAAAAUUGCCGUUUUCUUUUCGUUGCCUUUAGUAUGCACCCAACGACAGAAAUGAGCCAUUGGGUUAUCCAUUCAUUUCCAUCCAUCUGUCCCAAGUAGGGAAGGCAUGCCUAAAAUUUUGAGCUUCUCGUAAUCGGCCUGACUUGGAUUGGCAGGGAUGGGCAGUCAACACACCACGCAGCAUGCUGCCAACAGUGUCUGCAACAUUGGUCAGCUGACACACCAGUCUCAUAAAAUUUAACCUCAUACAACAGGAGCUAGUUUUCAUGCAUUGACUUGCCAUUACGAGCGUCAUAUGUUGCCAGCAAGCACGUAUUGGUUUCUCUUGCACGGACUUGCAUGUUCUAAAGUGAAAGUGGACCCACUCACAAAGCCUGCAUUUAUUGUAGCUCUUUGUAUCUCUUGCACGGUCAGCUCGUUUUGUUUUCUGCAAUUAAAGGUAAUGAUGUACUCUAAUUGUUGGAAAAUAGGAUGUCUGGAUUAUUUUGUGCAAGGAGAGUUUAAAAGAGAGGGCGCUAAAACAUUGCAAAGCAAUUGUGUGGGCACAAUUUACUGAUUCGUCCCAAUUUUUCUCGGUUGUACCCUGUGUGUUGUUAUGCUGGCAUCUUUCACUGCUUUCCUCCUUUCUUGUGCGAUUACUUUAUAUUCUGUGUUGUUUGAUCAAAGCACUUUCCUCCGCGCGAUUUCUGCUGUGAACCUUUUUUUUUUCUCUCCUAAAGGUUUGCAUUAAUAAUUUUUUACCAAAGAAACAUUCCUGAUGCAUUUACGGUUGCUUUUAUUUUUACUGCAUUUUGUUUGCUUUUUUUGCAAGUGACGUGUAUGUUUACAAUUUGACCUCCGGAUCUUGCAGUGGCAUUCCAACAGUCGGCUGGUGAAAAAAAAACUGUAUUUUAUACCCCGUGAUCUCUUCUAGUCGUUAAAAAGCCCUGAACAGUUUAAUAACUGCAAUUUCAUCAGUCAGCACUGAGCUAGUCAUAUUUGCAAAUCCUGGAAUUUCGUUUAUAACGAACUUUGUGUGGCUUCAUAUCAAGCACUUCCAGAAUGCCAGUAUGUUCAUUUAGGGAUCCUCACUUGGAGUUAAUUUCUCACUGCAACACCUGAUACAAUGCUCUAAGCAGUUUGUGCUCAGAGAGAAAAAAGAUAAAAACAAAAAAAACGGCACUGUCUAGUCUACUUGGCUUCGUGGCCUAUGAUAUAUUUCUGGAUAACAUUAAAGCAUGCAAGGAAAAUGUGUCUAAUAGUUUGCAAUUGCCUACACAUUUAAAUUGAAAGCGAGGAGAGUAUAUAUAUAUAUAUUUGUGAACUUCUCACUCGAACCCACCACAAUACUUGUUAUUUUCUUUUCUUCUCUUAACAAGCCGACAGGUGUAGAAAAGUUGUUGGAGUGACAUACCAGCAUGAAUUGCAAUUUUCUGUUGUAUGCUUAAUACGAAAUACAGCUGACUUGCGUUUAUUCAAACUCCCAAGGGCUGUAGACUUUUGUUUGAACUGCUUGAAUUCGAAUGGGUUAAGGCACAAAACAGAAUUAUGGGUUAUUAUAUGAAUUUACAAUCUGCGAUAACAAACAACUGGCCACUGCUUGCUUUUGUUAUGGAGAAGGGAGAAAUAAAGUCAUUGGGCAAACGUAUCGGGAUAUCAGAGCUGAAACACACGACCAGGUCAGUGAUGCCCACCACUGUACAUGACAAGCGUGAAUAUCGAACUUGCCCGCACUUUGACUAUUUAUGCCUUAGGAACAUCCCCUCAUCAGCCAGCUGUAGCAGCGCUUCAGUGUCCUGGGAAGCAAGAGAUUGGUAUAAUCGAAAACUGUUUCUGAAUUGAACAAUUUUUCAAGGUGCAUUAGCGUAGCAGGCGAAACAAAAUGUUGAGAUUUGUUUGAACUAACAUAGUCACCAGAGUUUGAAUUAUUGCAAGUCAGCUGUAUUGGUCGUUCAAAAUUACUACAAGACAUUAUGUUUCUUUAAAAGGUUAAGCCACGCAUCUUUGCACAGCUGUGGUCUGAAACGUAUGGAACCCGAGUCUUUCUUUCCAGUGCAAGUUUGUAGUAGCGAUUCCUUCGACGAUCCAGUGUCUGGGUUUCAUGUGUUGUCGUAACCUUCGUGUGGAACGAUUAAAAAAAAAAAGGUAUGCCUGCAAUGAUAGGAAUGUUGCUGUAACAAUGUGAACAACUCUGUGAAAGUACUACAAUAGGGGAGUGCAAUGUGAAGAAAUAAAAAAGACUUAACAGUG